GUCCACUAUUUAACCGCAUCGCCACAUAAUCAUCUUCUUGAUCUUGAGCAAAACAAGAUUUAGCGGAAAAGAAAGAAAACUCCGUGUUUUUGUGUCCGUUUGGUUGCGAUGAUAAAGUCGGUUCAACUCCGUACCUAUUCGUCUCCUAUCCUGGUCGAGGCUAAAGAUAUCCACCGUACUGGAUUAUCACCGUCGUCGAAAACGAGAUUCGCUUCGACGAUUCGUUGUUCCUCGAGCAGCGACGCUUACAUACCGAAGCUCGAGCCUUUUAGCAGAACAAAAUUCGAGCGUGCCGUUAAAGAGCCUCCCUUGAUCGAGAAAUCCGAGAACGAGCUCGCUGAUUAUUGUUCGACGCUUGAAGGAGACGAUUCUUAUAGUUGCUGGAGAGCUUAUUUCGAACUAAAAGAUCUUGAGAGAGAGACACCGAAAGAAGAUGUAGAGAAGUUAAUUCUUCAAGCAGGGGGCGUUAAGUCGUUGAUUGGAUGCUUACAUGGAAUUGCUGCCAUCCACAACAAGGGAAACGGCAACGGUUAUUUUAGUAUGUCUAAGCCAUUGAAUACUGAAAAUGAAGGAAAAAGAUUCUACCAUAUCCCAGAUGGGUUGCCGAAAUCUGCAGAGGAAAUAGAGGAGGAAGAGAGAGCUAGAAUGCCUGAUUCGCCCUUUACUAGAUUGCUUAGAACUAAAGGCACGUCGCCUGCUUGGUACUCUCCCGUCCCUGACCACGAAACCGAUUGAUACACGAAACCUUGUAAUUGAAUUAGCAUAUGGCUUCAUUGUAGAUAAAAGUGUGGGGGAGUUUUUUAAGAGUCAAUUUUCUUUUGUUUCUAGCAAAAAAGUUUUCCAGGGGCUGUGACUGUGAAGCUCUGAGCUGUGUGAUAUUGGAAAAUGGGAUUGCUUUGGAGAGUUGUAUCAUAGUGGCAAAAUGACUGUUAUUGUUGAAAGUUUGCUUGCAUUGCCAGAACAAUAUUGUUCAUUGCUCAUUUUUGUAUCUAUAGUCAAAAUUUUCUUUGCUUUCA